AGAUUUCUCUCGCACAAAAUUUCCCGUCGUUUUCUCUCGCUCGACCAAUUUCACCAACCCAUUUCUCUCUCUAACUCUCUUUCAUUCCCUUAACCAAGAAGGAAGAAACUUGCUUCGUCGUUUACAUUCCCAAUUCGAAAGUUUUUGAGAUUUCCCCAGUCAAAAAAAAAAGAAGAUCUUUGUUCAUUUCGCAGCGAGGGUUUGGUUUAGUUCUUCGUGGGCAAAAAAGGGUUUCUCCAAUUUACUCAAUCUGAUAAGAAAGUCUUCGUCUUUAUCCCAUUUCAGUUUCGAUUUCUUAUUACUUUCUAAAACAAAGGAAGCUCUGAAAAUUUUCAGUGCCUAUUAUUUUUUUUCUGAAAUCAAAGAGUCUCCUUUCUCCGUAGAUCUAUCAUUGUCCGGAUCUGAUCUUGGUUUCUACCUUUUUAGGUAUUCUCUGUACAAAGUGAUUUUAGGUUUUUUCAAGUGUAGGCUUUUAGGAAUGGCGUUGAAUUUUUCACGUAGACACUUUUCUUCCCAUCUAUCUGAUGAAUCAAUGAAGAUAGCCAAUGGGUAUGGAGAUUCAGCUUCUGUUGACAUACUUGAUGUUUUGCCCUCUGAUCCGUUUGGAAUGGAUAUCAACAAUACUUUCACCGCUAUCACUGGAUGGCUUGAGGAUCUGGAGGUUGAUUGUAGCCGGUAUGGGAGAGAUGAGAUUUGGGUUGGUGAUGGGAGCCACCAGCUCUUUGCCGGGUUGAGUUUCAUUUGGAACAAUGCAAUGCGGUUUCAGGAGUUUCCAGAGAGAAAUGUGUACACUAAUGGUGCUUUCUUAUCCACUAGUAGUGUGGAUGAGGUUGGAGAAAGCAGUGGUCGCUGCACCACCAAUGAGAAUGCACAGGUUCAUCCAGCGUUUGGUUUUUGUCUUUAUCGCUUGGGAGUGAAGGAUCUUCUUUCAGCGAGUAUGGUUUGCAAGUCUCUGCACACGACCGUCUGUGAUGACUUGCUUCUGUGGAAACAUAUCCACAUUUGUCAGCCGUUGAGUGAGAAGAUCACUGAUGAGGCUCUCCUGCAGUUAACCGAGCGGGCUCAGGGCACUAUGCAGUGUUUGAGGCUCGUGGAUUGCUCGAGAAUUACAGAUGAUUCUCUUAAGCAGAUCUUGGAGCGUAACCCACAAGUAGUUAAGCUUGGCGUGUCUGGAUGCACAAGGAUCACUAUCGAUGGCGUUUUGAGCAUCUUGAGAGAUCUGAACUCUGCGGGAAAGCCUCAAGUGAAGCAGUUAGAGAUCGGUGGCAUCUUUGGAGUUACUAAAGAUCACUACGAUGAAUUGUUUGGCUUGUUAGACGUUGACAACAAUGUGGAGCAGUCUAUACCGAAGCCGCGUUUUUACCAUAGAGGAGACUCCUCAUGUGUGUCCUGCGAUGAUGAUGACAGGGUGCUGGAUAUUGAGAUGUGCCCAAAAUGUCAGAACGCUAGGCUUGUGUAUGACUGUCCAGCAGAAGAUUGUAAAGGGAAGGAGGAAUGUCGUGCUUGUUCUCUUUGCAUACAGAGGUGUUUUCAGUGUGGUCGGUGCAUCAAUGACAGUGAAUACGAAGAAACGUUCUGUCUGGAGUUUUUGUGCGCUGAUUGUUCGAAGCAGUCCCCUAAGUUACCUCUCGAGGUGGAAAAUUCCAUCUGAGCGUUUCUUGUCACUCUGGAUUGAAUGGCUCAGCUCUUCAUGAGUGUGGUGUAGUUUGUGGGAAUGUGUCUGCUGCCCAUGGAUGUAGGUGCCAUAGUAUCAGAUGUAGGUGUCUGUACAUAUAUUAAUAUGUUUAUUUUGGAUUGUGGAAAGUCAGAAUUAAAAGAAAAGAAUCAUCGAAUAGGAAUAUGGAAGUAAGAAGCAGAGUAGUUUUGGUGGGUGAAGAGUAGACAAGAAGAGUUUGUCAUGGCAUAGUUAGAGAGAUUAAGUUAGAAAGACUACGCGAGAUGGGUAAGUUAGAAAGAGGUGUUGUAAUGUGAUGAAGGACAAGGUUGGUGUAUGCUAUCUUGAUGAGUGGGGCUUAAUUGGUUUUGAGAAAGGUCAGGAUAAAGAAAAAAGAUUAUGUAAAAAGGAAAAGCAUUGAUUUGUCGUCUGCUUUUGUGGGUUGGAGUUAAGAACACGAGAUGGGUCUUUCUUACUCUACUAUAAGUUAGAAAGAAAGAAGUAAGAGUAGUGUGAUGAAGGACAAGGUCGGCGUAUGCUAUCUUGAUGAGUGGGGCUUAAUUGGUUUUGAGAAACUUCAGGGUAAAGAAAAAAGAUUAUGUAAAAGGAAAAGCCAAGAAAGAGUGGCAGUAGUGUGAUUUGUCAUCUGCUUUUGUGGGUUGGAGACUCAGAGAAGAACACGAGAAGACUCUUUCCGACACUGCUAUAAGUUGGAAAGAGGUAUAGUAGUGUGAGGAACAGGUCGGUGUCUGCUAUAUUGAUGAUGUGGCUGAGUUAGUUUUUGAGAAAAGUUCCGGAUAAAGGAAGAGUCUCAGUAGUGUGGUUCGUCAUCAGCGUUUGUGGGUUGCAGUUGGGAGUUGGAGUGGAGACUUAGAGAAGAGUCUUUCCAACUCUGCUAUAAGUUGGAAAGAGGUAGUUAGUGUGAUGAAGAACAAGGUUGGCGUCUGCCAUCUUGAUGAGUGUGGCUAAAUUGGUUUUGAGAAAAGUUCAGGAUAAAAGGAAAAGCCAAGAAAGAGUCUCUUUAGUUUGAUUUGUCAUCUGCUUUAGUGGGUUGGAGUUUGGAUUUGGAGAAUUGCAGAAGAAGAGUUUGGGAUUGUUGAAGCCAUAAAAGGGAAACAAUGAGUUCUACAUGUUAGAUUAAGAACCAGAAGAUCAUUUGCCCUAAUAUGUUUUGAAGAACAUGGUUAGUCUGCAUUCUUGACAGUCAUCAUAAACUCCAUUUAAAUGAAGGUGUGAUCUGUGCUCAAUGGAGAUCGUUUUCAACUGUCUAGAAACUAUUUUCGUGCAAUAAAUAUGUUCGUUUUCCUCUUUGUUGAACAAUUGUCGUUUUGGAUUAAGACAUCUAUUUGUUAUAAAAUAAAAUAAAAAAAUGUUGACUUUGGAUUA